AUGCCUCCUCACACGGCUCUAGCUUCGCCUCCUGCGAUGCUGCCAGGAUUUUUUGCGGAGGAGGAUGUGCGGAGUGAGAGGGAUGUGCGGAGUGAGAGGGAUGUGCGGAGUGAGAGGGAUGUGCGGGGUGAGAGGGAUGUGCGGAGUGAGAGGGAUGUGCGGGGUGAGAGGGAUGUGCGGAGUGAGAGGGAUGUUCGGAGUGAGAGGGAUGUGCGGAGUGAGAGGGAUGUGCGGGGUGAGAGGGAUGUGCGGGGUGAGAGGGAUGUGCGGGGUGAGAGGGAUGUGCGGGGUGAGAGGGAUGUGCGGAGUGAGAGGGAUGUGUGGAGUGAGAGGGAUGUGCGGGGUGAGAGGGAUGUGCGGAGUGAGAGGGAUGUGCGGGGUGAGAGGGAUGUGCGGAGUGAGAGGGAUGUGCGGGGUGAGAGGGAUGUGCGGAGUGAGAGGGAUGUGCGGAGUGAGAGGGAUGUGCGGAGUGAGAGGGAUGUGCGGAGUGAGAGGGAUGUGCGGGGUGAGAGGGAUGUGCGGAGUGAGAGGGAUGUGCGGGGUGAGAGGGAUGUGCGGAGUGAGAGGGAUGUGCAGAGUGAGAGGGAUGUGCGGGGUGAGAGGGAUGUGCGGAGUGAGAGGGAUGUGCGGAGUGAGAGGGAUGUGCGGGGUGAGAGGGAUGUGCGGGGUGAGAGGGAUGUGCGGAGUGAGAGGGAUGUGCGGAGUGAGAGGGAUGUGCGGAGUGAGAGGGAUGUGCGGGGUGAGAGGGAUGUGCGGGGUGAGAGGGAUGUGCGGGGUGAGAGGGAUGUGCGGGGUGAGAGGGAUGUGCGGGGUGAGAGGGAUGUGCGGGGUGAGAGGGAUGUGCGGAGUGAGAGGGAUGUGCGGGGUGAGAGGGAUGUGCGGGGUGAGAGGGAUGUGCGGAGUGAGAGGGAUGUGCGGGGUGAGAGGGAUGUGCGGGGCAAUGUGAGCAGGAGAUGGGACGAACCGACAGCAGCAUCCAACAGUGCUCUCGCCACUCACGUGCCACAUCGCCCUGCUAUCGUCCUGCUCGCUGCCAAUCACCGCCUUCACCACAGCCAGCUCUCUCUUCAUGUCCGCCACCUCGCCCGUCAGCCGCUGCACGUCGCUCUUCCUCAGUGCUACUUCCCGCCGCAGCGCAGCCACCUCGUCCGCCACACUGUGUUUCAGCGCUGCCACCUCCUGCAUGGAUGCGAUUUUGCGCUGCAGCGCUGCCAGCUCGCCCCUCACCACCUACAGCGCCCUCGUCGCUGCCUGCCCUGCCGCGCACGCCUCCUCGCAUGCACCAGCCAUGCCCCGCCCUCUCGCCACUUCUAA